UGUCUGGCCGUCGUCGCGCGUCCCGGUCUCCCGGCCGCCGCUGCCUUUGGGUCGUGGAGCCAGGAGCGACGUCACAGCCAUGGCCGGAAUCAAAGCUUUGAUCAGUUUGUCCUUUGGCGGAGCAAUCGGGCUGAUGUUUUUGAUGCUUGGAUGUGCCCUUCCAAUAUACAACAAAUACUGGCCGCUGUUUGUUCUGUUUUUCUACGUUCUUUCACCUAUUCCAUACUGCAUAGCAAGACGCCUAGUGGAUGACACAGAUGCCAUGAGUAACGCUUGCAAGGAACUUGCCAUAUUUCUUACAACAGGCAUUGUUGUCUCAGCUUUUGGACUUCCUAUUGUAUUUGCCAGAGCACAUCUAAUUGAAUGGGGAGCCUGCGCACUUGUUCUCACAGGAAACACAGUCAUCUUUGCAACGAUACUAGGCUUUUUCUUGGUCUUCGGAAGCAACGACGACUUCAGCUGGCAGCAGUGGUGAAGAGAAAUGACUGAACUUUUGUCACAUGGACUUCUUGUCAUUUGUUGGCCAUCCAUGCACACAGGAGACGGGGCAGUAAUGCUGAAUGGUAUAGCAAGCCUCCUGGGGGUAUUCUAGGUGCUCCCUUCUCAUUCUUCUUGUAAGCAUACUAUUUUCAGAGACUUGCUGAAGGAUUAAAAGAAUUUUCUCUUUUGGAAAAGCUUGACUGAUUGUACAUUUAUCUCUGGUAUGCUUUUUGUGGUGUCCUGCUGAAUUCAAAUAUUUAUGUAUUUCUUCCUGUUCAUUUUUUUUAAUAGUAUGCAAUGUUAAACAUUUUAAAAAAUGUAGUAACCAUUUGUAUUGGUUAGGAAUUCAGCAUUAUGCUGUUUUACGGGGCUAAAAUACAUCUUUUCUCUUAAAAUUAGUUAAAUUCCAUUACAAACAAUUAUAAGCUUUUAAUUAUAAUGAUAUCACUCCCCAAUUUAUGCAGGCUGUUGGCAUACUUUAUAUACUCAGUGCAAAUCUAGCUGCAUUUAUACCUCAGAGGGGCCAAGUGGUAAUGCCCCAGCCCUCCAUAAGGGUUGCCGGUUUUACUAGUAGACAGGUGUUUUGUGAACUGAAAGAGAAUUGCCACAGAGGAUUGGUUUUCUUUUCAGUUGUUAGAGGAAUUAAUGUUAAAUUUCAAGGUAAGGAUAUAAAAGCAGAUAGUUAAGAUAGAAUUUUUAUUUAUGUUUAUGGUAGUUAAAAUGGAGUGUGUUGCAGUGUGGGAAGAAAUUAUGUUGGAAUGCGAUUUCUAUUUAUGAGUGAAAUUUUUUAUUUCUACUCCAGCCUUCUGUGUUUUGCUGUGGACAAAAUGGACACAGAAGGAAUGCCUGUUGAUAAAGAAAAGUUGUAUGUUUGCAUCGCAGACACCAGAAAACCUUCCCCUGCUUCUUAACUUAUUUUGUAUGUUGUAUAUAUUAAGUAAAAUAAUCUCAAGUAUAGUUUAAUGACAGAAAUGUUUAACUCACCAGGAAAAUAAUUGCUAUGCCAUACUUUCUGAGUGCUCCUCCCCAGCAAGGCCUUUACAUGAUUAACAAGUGACUUGUUAGUCUUGCAGAUAAUUAAGUCAUGCAUUAACGAUUUAAGAUGUAGACCAUGGUAAGGAUAGUUCUUAUUCUGUAAGGUUAUACCAUUUGUAACUUUAAAAUAUUUAAGACAGGUUUCCUGUGUACUUCUCAGUUAUUUUUAUUGAUUUCAUCAUGGUAGAUCCGUUUCCUUAGAAAAGGCAUUUGUCAUGAAUUAAUGCAGAGUAGCCAAAUCCAGCUGUGUAGCAGCUUCAGAAACAAACCUGACCAAAAAGUUCCCAGUAACCAGGCAUGUUCCAAGUGUCGUGCUCAUCUGCCUGUCACAGUAAUCAGUGCUUUUUCAGGAGCUGGCUUUGGAAACAUUCAGGUUAGUCUCACAGUAUUUUGUUAGGGACACUUGUUUGUGUGUGUUUAUUCAGUAUAUCCACAUAAAAAUCAUUUUGCCUUCAGCCAAAAUUGAGUAAUUCUAAUAACUGUAUUUUGUUUUGUAAAGUUUAUUUCUUAAGAAAGUGGGAACAAAUUUUGGAUUCAUUCAGCUUUUUACUAAAGAUGCCUAAAGCCACCAUUAUUUUUGCCUGACCCACGUUGUGAGUUUGGGCUAAGAGACAGGAAGCAGUGAGCAUACCAUUUCCCUGUGAGUCCGAACAUGGCUUGUGGUGCUGCAGUGUUCUGGCUUUGCGAUGAAAGCACAGGUGCAGCUGAGUUAGACCGCGGGGUCCCGUUGGGCAACUCGUGCCUCUGAGCUGCUGGAUGUCUCUGCAGGAAGUGCAGUCUUGGUACAUCUCCAGGCUCCGUUCUAGAACAUCAGUGCAGUGCGCUGCUGCUGUUUGAUUCUCUCCGCCGUAGCCUCCUCUCCUGCCAGCUGCAUCUUCUCCCUGUGUCCUCACGGCCUUGGCAGCAUUCCGUCUUUGACUAGGCACACUCGCUUUCCAGUGCCGUGUCUCAUUUCCAGGCUAGUUACUUGAGGUAUGAAUUUUCCAUAGAAUAUGCACUGACGCAACAUUGCCAUUCUUCUAUGGAAAGAAAAAUUUUGAUGAAAUAAUAAAGAUUUUAAA